CAGAGAGCAUGGAGUGGACUGAAAACAGACAGAACCACAAUGAAUAGUCAAGUCCGGGAUGGUGAAUUCAGAAGUUUGGACUCUCCUGAGUUGGAAACAACAAGAGAUACAAAAUGGAGACUCAGAAGGAUGACUUCACAGAAACAGUGAGGAAUGUGAGAAGAUCUGGCGUGGAAUUGGAAUUGCCGGACUGGAGAGAACUAUGACUGUUCUCUCCCUCACCUUUACCACCUCAGACCCAGAGAGAGAGGCAGAAGGGCAUCGGCCAUCCAGUGUGCUAAGCCAGUUGGGGAGGAAGCUAGAAGAACUCCAGCAGAAAUCCCACUCGGGGUGACCGACACUGUCUACUGUCUCUGAGGAACUUGCACGUGACAGAUAUUUCAAGCUUCAAGGGCCGUGUCUGGACUGAAAAGGAUUUGCUUUCCCCAAAGUCCUAUCACACAGGGUGUGUAAAUACUUAUUUCAGGGCUGCUCAGGUCCUGGAGUUCCUGUAGGACUUCGACUAGAAGCAAGUGCCGUCCCCCACUGCUCUGGGGGAUCCCUGCUUAGAAUUGCAAACUUCCAGACUGAGGACGGUGUCUUCAGCACACUUAAAAGGAAAUCCUUCAAAGCGAGAAGAUCAUGAAUGAAUCCCCUCGCCGCGCGGCUCCCGCGCGGCUCCCCUCCAGGCUGCGGCUGUGCGGUCCCCCAGCACUUGCAAAGGGUUCCGAGGAGCUGCGGGGCUAAGUGGUCUCCCCGUCCACAAGGUAGACGAGACCCUCCUGCGGGAUUGGAAACUUGCACUUAUUGCUGCUUCAUCCACCCGGGAAAAAGCAGGCAGCGCCACAGAAGAAAAGGGGGAGAAAGCACAGAGAUAAAGGCAGGCCACCGGGAAGAGGAUGUUUUGAGAAGUGCUUCUGAGAAACAUCAAGCCGGUGAAGAUGGAAAACGAGACAGUGAGUGAACUGAACCAAACACAGCUUCAGCCAAGAGCGGUGGUGGCCCUCGAGUACCAAGUGGUCACCAUCUUACUUGUGCUCGUGAUCUGUGGUCUGGGCAUCGUGGGCAACAUCAUGGUGGUGCUGGUGGUCAUGAGGACCAAGCACAUGAGGACCCCCACAAACUGCUACCUGGUGAGUCUGGCAGUGGCCGAUCUCAUGGUCUUGGUGGCUGCCGGCCUCCCCAACAUCACGGACAGUCUCUAUGGCUCCUGGGUCUACGGCUAUGUUGGCUGCCUCUGCAUCACUUAUCUCCAGUAUUUGGGCAUUAAUGCAUCCUCUUGUUCCAUCACAGCCUUUACCAUCGAGAGGUAUAUAGCCAUCUGUCACCCCAUCAAAGCCCAGUUUCUCUGCACAUUUUCCAGAGCCAAAAAGAUCAUCAUCUUCGUCUGGGCUUUCACAUCCAUUUACUGUAUGCUCUGGUUCUUCUUGCUGGAUCUCAAUAUUAGCACCUACAAAAAUGCUAUCGUGGUGUCCUGUGGCUACAAGAUCUCCAGGAAUUACUACUCACCUAUUUACCUAAUGGACUUCGGUGUCUUUUAUGUUGUGCCGAUGAUACUGGCCACCGUCCUCUAUGGAUUCAUAGCUAGGAUCCUCUUCUUAAAUCCUCUUCCUUCAGAUCCUAAAGAAAACUCUAUGACAUGGAAAAAUGACUCAACCCAUCAGAACAAGAAUUUAAAUGCAAAGACCUCCAAUAGAUGUUUCAACAGCACAGUAUCUUCAAGGAAGCAGGUCACCAAGAUGCUGGCGGUGGUUGUAAUUCUGUUUGCCCUUUUAUGGAUGCCCUACAGGACUCUUGUGGUUGUCAACUCAUUUCUCUCUAGCCCUUUCCAAGAAAAUUGGUUCUUGCUCUUUUGCAGAAUUUGCAUUUAUCUCAACAGUGCCAUCAACCCAGUGAUUUACAAUCUCAUGUCCCAGAAAUUCCGUGCCGCCUUCAGAAACCUCUGCAACUGCAAGCAGAAGCCGGUGGAGAAACCCGCUAACUACAGUGUGGCCUUGAAUUAUAGUGUCAUCAAGGAGUCAGAUCAUUUCAGCACAGAGCUGGAUGAUAUCACUGUCACGGACACUUAUUUAUCAGCCACCAAAGUAUCUUUUGAUGAUACCUGCUUGGCUUCGGAAAUAACCUUUAGCCAAAGCUGAUUCAUGAAUGAGAAGAAAAUGGACCACAGAGUAAAUGAGAAUCUGUGCCGUCAUCAGCCCAAGAGGAAACAGCCAGUGCUUGUACCUGAAGACAGUGCAGAUAAAAUCUUUGCCAAUGCUCUAAUAAAUCCUGGCCCAAGAUACUUUAACCCAUAAGAACGCUUAUAUUUUCCUUCUAGUAUCACGAAAAUGUGUCCCCCAAAGUGGAGCAGAUUGUGAAAGAAACAAAUGAUAGAAAGAGAAGUGUGGCUCUUUCCGUUUAAUCUGAGAAAUUCUCUAUAUUU